AUGGCUUGGAACACUCAACGGAAUCAGCCCAAUAACGAGUUCUACAGUCCGUUCAGCGCACAAUACAUCAGCGACAUCUUUCAUGGACAGCACACGCUUUUGAUUGGCGAUUCACUCAUGCGUGGACUUUACAAGGAUUUAAUAAGAAUCAUCGAUACGGGACGUUUGCAGCUUACUGAGCCGCACGUUUUGAAGACAAAGAGUGAAAUCUCGUGCUUCAACGAUAGACAGAUUGAUAUGGAUAAAUUCAAAGGCGAGAGAGUUUUCGUACAGGCGCGGGAAUAUCACACCGAAAAUCAUUUAAUUCAAUAUCACUUCACUACUCGGUGCUUCAAAGAAGAUCUUGAUUGUGCGAUUGCUCAGAUGGUUCGUGAUAAAAAAUACCCGAGAAUGGUCUUCUUCAACAGCUGCCUUUGGGAUCUUACCAGAUAUCACAAACUUGGCUUAGUCAACAAUCAAAACAAACUUGAUGAAACCACGUCACACGUUUUUGUGGUUUUGUUUCCACAAUGCAUUCCGGCUGUCGGAAGAUUCAAUGAGUUCGAGGAAGGUGGAUAUGAUGGGGAUACAAGAAAUAAUAAAGAAGUGAUCAGACUUCUUUACGUGAAAGCGAAUAAACUGGCCGCACAAAUCGCGCGUCUUGAAGGAUUCUCCGUGAUCGACUUGGACUAUCAUUUGUCAGUCCCAAUUUUUGAUCAUCUUCGAAUCUCUGACGGAAUUCAUUGGGACAAUCGUGCUAAUCGCUUUAUGUUACAACUAAUCAUUCUGCAUUUGGUCAAAGAUCUCGAACUUUAUGUACCACGAGUUAUUAUGGAGCGCGUUGAAACCUUAUUCGGCAAAAUCGACACAAGCGACGAUGGUUUUUUGAAGGCUUUCUGGGACGGAGCUAAAAAGUCUAAAUCAGUUCUACAUAUUCCAAAUGCGGAUACUCCAGUUGGCACGACGAAUAGACAAGUCUUUGAUGUGGUCAGGAUGGAAAUUCCAUACUAUGAGUGUCUUCAAGCUGAACUACAAGAAACCGUUUGCGAUUCGCUGAGUGAAGACAAAAAGAAAAAGAUUAAUGACGACAUCACGAAAAUGAGGAUGGCCCUCUUUUUACAACAAGGAGGCAUUUUGGAUGAACGGGAUCACGAAGAAUUCACAAACUGGAUUCGGCAAGGACAAAGUAUCGUGCAAGAUUCAUCAUCAAGCCGACAACCACCUCAACAGUUUAUUCGCUUCCCUCGACAGCCUCGAUUUAAUGGUAAAAAG